CAUAGGUGUCGCUGUGACGCUGCGUUGCUCCAGCAGUAAAUGCAUAGAAGAAGAUUCACUUUAGCUUUCGCUCUUUAAACAUGAAAUAGCAGCAUGGAUGGACGGACAACAGAGAAAAGGAAAAUAAAUGCACGCAUAGAUGUGAUGGAAGUAAAAGAGGAACCUCGGGACCUAAAUGAAGUAGAGGAGAGACUACAGAAACCUCAUGAUAUCAUCACUGAAGAACAAUCUUCUGAUUGCUUACAAAUAUCAACUGAGAAGAGACAAACCAAACAUUCUGUCAGUUCCUGUCAACAUGGACACCACAGUGAUGACGUGAGCAAUAACAAUAAAGAGAGAUGUCACACGUGCCACCAGUGUGGAGAAAGUUUUAUACAUAAAGACGACCUUGAGUCUCAUGCAAGUAUUCACACCGGAGAGAAUCCGUACAAAUGUCCUCAAUGUGAAAAGAGUUUUGCACAUAGAGGACUUCUUAGGAAUCACAUAAAAAUUCACACUGGAGAAAAGUCUUUUAUCUGCCCUCAGUGUGGAAAGAGAUUUAUAAGUUCAGGUAAUCUUUAUAGACAUUUGAGAAGUCACACUGGAGAGAAGCCGUACACCUGCUCUCAGUGUGGAAAGAGUUUUACAGAGAAAACAUACCUUGAGCGUCACUUACCAGUGCACACCGGCCAAUGGCCUCUUACUUGCCUUCAAUGUGGAAAGGGUUUCACAAAAGCAGGAAAUCUUAGAAUUCACCAGCAAUCUCAUUCUGAAGAUAAACCAUUCAACUGUAAUCAGUGUGGAAAGGCUUUCAAACAAAAAGGAAACCUUCAGACUCAUAUAAAAACUCACACCGGAGAGAAGCCGUACAAAUGUCCUCAGUGUGAAAAGAGUUUCAGCCGGAAAGGACACCUUAAGGAUCACAUAACAAUUCACACUGGUUACAGACCUUUCACGUGUCCUCAGUGUGGAAAGGGUUUUAGAGAGAAAAGAUACCUUGAGCGUCACUUACCAGUGCACACUGGCGAGUGGCCUCUCACUUGCCUUCAAUGUGGAAAGGGUUUUACAAAAGCAGGAAGUUUCAAAAUUCACCAGCAAUCUCAUUCUGGAGAUAUUUUGUUCAACUGUGAUCAGUGUGGAAAGGCUUUCAAACAAAAAUGCAGCUAUAAAACUCAUCUAAAAACUCACACCGGAGAAAAGCCUUACAAAUGUCUUCAGUGUGAAAAGAGUUUCAGACGGAAAGGACACCUUAAGGAUCACAUAACAAUUCACACUGGUUACAGACCUUUCACGUGUCCUCAGUGUGGAAAGGGCUUCACAAAAAAAAGACUCCUGAAUGAUCACAUAAAACGCCAUUUAAAUAUACAAAGUGUAUGAGUUAUAUAUAUAUAUAUGUAUUUAUAUAUAGCUCUAAAUUGAGAGAAAUAGGAAGAAAAAUAAUAAUAAAUAAUAUUAAUGAUAAUAAAAUAUAAAUUUUCUCUCCCCAUACAGGGGAUGGUCACACCACUUACUGAACUUCUACAAAACUUCUCCCAAGUCCUGAGGGGGGAGACAGUUUAUUAAGGAGUUCAAUAUUAAGAUGGUUUAUUCACACUGUCCAAUCUACGACUACCAUUAGCUUUAGUGGCUCACCGGAAGUCUUACACAAAGGAGCUCAAAGAUGGUGAUGCCCAGAUUUAUGUCAAAAAUAAGGUGUGGAUAGUAUGUUUGAGAAUAGAACUUUAAUAAAAUGCUAUUGUUAUCAUUUAUCAUUUUUUCAGCAACACAAACUACAUUUAUACAAAUAUGCAAUUAUAUAUUAGGCCUAGAGCCUAUAUUUCUGCAUCUGUACCUGUGUAGCUAAUGGACUUCAACUCAAUCUAAUAUUUCCAAACUAAUCUUACAUGUGAGUAUAAAUCCAGGCAAUUUUGGAGAAUUACUAAAUGUCCUAGUUGUAAGUAAAUUAAAAGUCAGCUUUAAGAAAACAGCAGAUGUCUAUUAACAAAAGUAAAAGUUGGCACGCACGCACGCACAAUUUUGUUCAAAGUUAAAUGAACAUUAAACAUUUACAAGUCUUUGUCUUUAUAGAGUAAAACUACAAAAACAGCAUCAAGCAAAACAUUCUGGGAAACAAAAUCUGAAGCAAAAAAACAGAAAAAGGUUGAUGAUGAUUUCUGGUUCCCAGAAUGCUUUGCAUGAGGCUGUUAUUGUAUAGUUUUAUUCUGUAAAGAUAAAUACUUGUUAAUAUUUAACAUUUAUUUAACUUUGAACAAAUUCUUGCCAGUAAAUAACAUAAAUGUAAAUCUAUGGUAAAUUACCGGCAACCCAGCUGCAAUAACAUUGUAAUUUCUACCGAAUUUUUUUACAGUGUAUAUAUAUUAUAUGUGUACACACACACACACACACAGGUAGAGCUCAGAAAGACUAAUUUUGGAAAUGGAACAAGGAAGACGGGUUCGUGGAGGGAGAAGGGUGGCAGGUAGUGGCCUGAUGCUAGAGAGAAGCAGGAUUAGACCCUCAAUUAUCUGUUCGAAUUACAGUAUGUACUUUUAGUUUCUACCUUUUAUUUGUCAUUACUGUAAUUCCGUAAAUUACUCCAGACUACUGAAGGAAACUGCUAAUUUUCAUUUACCUUAAAGAAUUAUGUUCUAAAAAUGUAAAUAAAUCAUGUAAAAGAAUGUCACUCUUUUCUUUGAAGAAAACAUUACUUUGUAUGAAGUCACUGAAAUGGUUGAAACUGUAAAGAUUAAAAAGUUUGUAUUUUCUCUUUGAGUUGGGGUUAGAGUUGGGGUUUGGGUUAGGAUGUCAUUUUUAUAUAACAAAAAGUUGUUCUAACCCUAAACCCAAGCGAAAAUGGUAAAAAAAAUAGCAAAAAACUUGAG